AACACAUUUAACGCCUGUUUGUAUCAUGUUUUAAAAGGUGUUGGUACUUCUGCCCUCACUCAUUUAGAAUGAGUUUGUCGUGGUUACAUUUCUUCUUAUAAUGUGUAAAAUGUAGGUUAAACAGAACCAACUAAAUUUUCUCUCACCUCUCACCUGUAGCAACCUUUGGGUAACCGACUGCUGGAAUUUGACAAAUUAAAUGUGAUAGCCUAUCUUCUGGGCUGACAGAGUGGAAACGAUGACUUGGAAGUCCUACCUCAAGUGUGUCAUUUACUCGUUGUAUCUUUGCAAGCUUGCUUUAUGCGAGAGAGAACGUAUAAGCCUGCACAACCUCCCAAAGAGUGACUUCAUUGAGUUUCUAAAUCCUCCAGAUGAGCCAGAAGAUGGCUACCCAUUGGGCAUUCUGUACCACUGCUCGCAGGAAGCGAUUGUUAAUGUCGAGGUCAUAGCAUCUACUGAGCAGAAAACAGCAGUGUCUGUAUUUAAGAAACGUUGGAUGUGCACUUCAGGUUCUGCUGCUAAGGUGAGGGAGGUACAAAUAGACUUUCCUGACCAGAUUGUGUUUCGGGAUGACUACUUUUUGAAACACUCAGUUUUGGUGCUUAGUAUAAUGCUAAGGGCCUGGAUAGCUGAUGUGUCAAGUGAGGAGUCCCUUCCAUCUGCGGAUGCUGGUGGAGGUUCUUACAUGCAGGGCCUAGCAAAAACUUUUCAUAUUCUCCAGCCAGUGACUCCCUUCAGCAGGCCUCUGAGACCUCCAAAACAGACUUUACGGUGGGACCAUGAAAUCCUCUGGAAACUUCAGGAGAAUACCAUACCACAGUGUAGAGUAGAAGAAGAAACAGUCCAUUUUCUGAAAUUCAUCUUUGCAUCCAGUGGUGAAAGAUUUGGCAUAAUUAAAAAAGUUUCGCCUUACAGUUAUGGACCCCUAGAGCGUACACGACAGCGAUCAACCAACUUUCCAAGGUCUACUUUCUCAGCCUGGCUGUACCUUUUGAGCUACUGUGAGAGCACGUACUGUAGUAUAUUGCACCACCUUGACUGGAGCAAGAAUUAUUCAACUCCAGUGUUGCAUGUCAUAGAUACAGGAGCACUGCAUGUACAGGUAGAGCUUGUAUCUAAGAGAGCAGAAGCAUUUCGAACAACGUUUACCAUUCCUCUCCAUCAGUGGUGCCUACUGAACCUAGAUCUGCGUGGAAAAGAGAUGAACGUUACUGUUGUAUGUGGAAGUAAGAAGACAAUGUUCAAUACAGUCCACACGUUUGAGGAAGCUGUACUGCUGGAUGACACAGAUGGACAUUUUGUUUUGGGAGGCAGUCCAUUUGUUCUUGGAGCCAAAGCAUUCUUUGGGCCAGCUGUUUUUUACAGAAAUCGGAAAUUGCCUCCUUUUCAGAUCUCUGAUGUCAUCCCUCCAGAUCCCAUUGAUAGACUGAACUUAAGUGACUGGUUUGACAAGUGCUAUGCCUUCCGGAGAGACGUUUUAUUGAAGAAGCAGGCUUACCAGUAUCAAACUAGCCAACGUCUGAGACAAAAGGCCUGCCCCAAUCUGUUCAGUAACUAUGUCAAGGAGUACAAUAAUGUAACACUUCACAAGUUCCAGUGCUUUCCUUGGGAUGCACCAUUCCCACGUCGGCGAGCAACUGUCUACAGAUUGUUGCAGGAGAUGAUCCGAAGACUUGGCAACAAUAUCAAUAUAGCCUACCAAACAGAUGAUAAGAUGCUUGAAUUUCUGGGCAAGACUUUAUAUAAAAGAUUUGAGAGGCAACUGAAGCAUUCUGAAAGCUUGUCGCAUAUAAGGGUCCUGCUUCCCCAGCUGCUUCAAGCAGGAUGUUUAGGAUUUCAUCGUGCCUUCUACCUUGUCUCUGUCCUCUACCAAACUGGCCUAGGAGCUUUGAUGAAGCCAGAAAAGGCUCUGCACUUUGGUCUCUUGGCUGCACAGAAGGAUGACCACCUUGCAUUGAUGCGACUGGGUCAUAAGCACUACCUUGGAGUUGAUGAGUUCCCUACUGAUUAUGAUGUAGCAUAUGCUUAUUAUGCAAAUAUUGCUGAGCAGACCACUGUGGACAGACAAGAUCCCAGUCCAGAACAGGCCUUUGUGGAGUCCAUCCGACUGACAGAUGAGAAAGCUUUGAAGGAGCAGACCAAGGAGAAUGAUGACCUGUUUUUGUGGCUGAAGUUCCAGGCAAAGAAGGGGGUUGCUGAAGCACAGCAAGCACUUGGACGGAUGCUUUUUUGGGGUCAGCAAGGUGUCACACAUAACCUGCAGGCAGCUGUAAAGUUUUAUGAAAAGGGAGCCAUGAAACUUCAGGACCCGACGAUGAUGUAUGACUAUGCUGUUGUUCUGCUAAAGGGUCAAGGAGUCCCACAGGAUAUCCCAAAGGCAGUGGAGCUUUUAGAGAAGGCAGCAGAACAGGAUUUUGUUCCUGCUAUCAACGCUUUAGGAUGGUACUAUGAGACAUAUAAAAAAGACUACAAGCGAGCUGUUGAGUACUGGGAGAAGGCAGAUGAGAUGGAAAAUGCAGAGGCUCCCUUAAAUCUUGGGGUCAUCUGUUCAUUGGGACUCUAUCCAGGAAAGCCCAAGGAUGAUUUUAUAGUUUACUCAUACUACUGGAAGUCAGCACACCGAGGGCAUAUAGAUGGAGCAGUCCGACUGGCAGAGUACUGGAGUACAGGUGUUCACGGAAAGGUGGCCAGGGUACCACUAUAUGCUAUUGUCUGGGCCAAGUGGGCCUCAGAGCAGAAUGGCUACCUGGGUGCUGUCCUUCGCAGAGCCCUGAAUGCAUACUUAGAACAUUCCUGGCCAGAAGCUCUUGUGAACUAUGCAAUGGCAGCAGAAACCGGCUUUGAGGUGUCCCAGUUCAACAUGGCAUAUCUCUGUGAGCAAAUCCCUGAAGGCCUUGUGAGCCGCCAUAUGCAUACCAGCUGCAUCUGGAAAUACUACAAUUUGUCAACCCAUGUUGAAUACCCAAACACCUAUGCCUUGGUGAAGAUGGGUGACUUGUUUUACUAUGGACAACAUGAAAAGAAACGAGACUUGGGCUCUGCAGUAGCAAUGUAUAAAGCUGCUGCUUUAAAAAAUGACCCACAGGGGUAUUACAGCUUGGGAUUUCUGGUGCAGGAGGGUGUCUCACUCCCAUUGUCUACUCUUAAUGAACUUGGACUUGAGUCUGAUGCAAGAAGAAACAAUUACACUAUCCUCAUGGAACUGUACAGAAGGUGUCGGGACAAUGAAGAAGAGGAAUCAUACCUGGUAUGCAGUUUAGCUCUCCUAAAUGUACAGCUGAAGUACAUCUGGAUACAUCACAGUGCCACUCUGAAGUAUUCUGGUGCAAUAGGAAUUGCUCUUAUUUCCACAAUGACUGUCCUGACUGCUCUGGGAAGAUUCAGAAAUGGAGUGCUGAACUUUCCACAGUCUGUAUGACGUUCCCAGGAAUACCAGACAUUAUGAGUAUAUCAUCUUUCUUCUGAAUAAUUGCAUGACACAGAAACUGGAAAAAGGCAGAGACAGUUCGUGUAUACUUGUGUUACUAUGGGGAAUCUUCCUGCUUUAUAUGGCUUGUUCACUGGCAAACAAAGGGAUUGGAUACUGUUAUAACAUUAUACUCUGAGAGUAAUCUUAAAUUGCAUUUCAUGUUACAUUUGUAACCUGCAAGCUGUUUAACACAUUUUCAUCAUAGUUUUCCAUUCCUUCUUUUACUGAGGUGUCCAGAGUCAUUUUAGAAAUGAUUCCUUAAAGCCUGAUGGUGCUUUGCAAAUAUAGUUCUGAUUCAGUAAUACUGUACAGUUAUAACUUCAAGUAUGCACUAUGGUUAGAGGAACACAGAGACCAUUAAUAAAUACCAUAUAAGCAAUAUUUGACUCCAGACUAGCAAAUAGUAUAAUUCAGUCCUGCAACAUGCAAACUGUAAUAAGAUUCACUUCUGUCAUUUUACUAGUUAUGUUAACUGUGCAUUAUUUAUCUAUUACGUUUGUUAUAAAUAUUAUUUUGCCAGAAGAAAACCCAAAUGGUGGGUAUGGCAGGGGAGACAAAUGGAGCAAAAAAAGAUCCUUAAAUCCUUAGAUUUAUCUUAUGAAUCUUAUGAAGCUUAUCUCCAUAAGUCUCCUCUAUAAAUAUAACUCUAGCUCAGUGGGUCCAUGCAGAUGUGGCAGUUCCUGUUUGUAGUAAAGCACUAAGCUCACUUUAUUUUUAACUUAAAAUAUUUACUUUGUGAACCAACAGCAACUUCCUUGAAUUAUCAUCUCUAGAACUUCUACAUGCUCAUUCCAUGCAGUCUGCUUUAAUGAAACCAGUGCACCUUCCAUUUAGCACCUAGUCAGGAAUCUGUGAAUCAGCAACUCUGCCUGGGAAACAGUGCUUCUUCAAGCUGUUUAAGAGCUGCAUUUCUUCAGUCUGUGCCUAUUUUUAUGAAAGAUUCUACUAUAGCCUGCAAUAUCGUACAUCUUUCUGUUACCUGAGGCUAUUACAGAUUAUGUUUUAUUGGAGUUUUCUUCUCUUUAUUACAGACAUUAGCUCCCCACAAAGCAUGCAGUACUCUAAAUGGAAUUUCAGCAGUCAUUUGUUUAGAGAAAUGUCAACUCUCUUUCCCUGUCUUUUUUUUGCUGUUGCUGCUUCUCCUUAUGUAUAGAAGUAAAGCUCAACAUUAUUUACUACCAUCCUCCAGUGUUUGCCUACCUUUAAGUUUAUUUGCUGUUAUACUGGCAUUGCUUUCUAUUUUUGUUUUCCACAACACUCUACCACAUCUACUGUUAUACUAACAUAAUUUUCCAUUCAUUUUAGUACAACAUUCCAUCACCUUCCCUUUGUACAUGUUUACCAGCAUUUCUGUUUGCCAUGUACAUAACACAUUUUUCUUUGCAAUGAAUAGCAAGAAUGAAAUCUGACUGUUUAUGUUGCAUGCAAUGAGCGUGGAAGAAAAGCAAAAAAAAAAAAAAAACAAAA